AGUCAAAAAGCUUCAGAAACAAUGGGUGCGGGGAAAACAGGGAAGAAGUCUCUGAGAAACCCUAAAUCCAACACUAAAUCUCUCCGGCCAAAAAUCAAGCGCACUAAGAAGAAGAAGAAGAACAACAGCAAGAGUAGUACGAUUGGCGCAAUCAAUAACCACGGCAACAAAACGAGCAGAAACAGUGAAACUGGCGAUGUACAACCCGCAUCACCAUCGCAUCAGCUCCGUUUCUUCCUCAAUCAAUUUCAGUCUGCCAAUGGCGUCCAGCUCUCUUCACUCGAGUUGGAAUCUAUUAAAGAUACUUGUGUUGUGGAUGUUUCUCAAGACUUGAGCCAAGAUGGUAGCUGUUUAGGUAAACACAUGAAGGCGGCUUUUGGGUCGUCAUGGAAAGAAGCCCUUUGUGAAGGGCAGCUCUUGGAAGAUAAAAUUGAACCUGGGAGUCCGGCGGUUCUUGUUAUUUCUACAUCUGCUUUGAGAUCUAUAGAGCUCCUAAGGGGCAUGCGCUCAUUGACUAGAGAAUGUCGUGCUGUAAAACUAUUCUCAAAGCAUAUGAAAGUAGAUGAACAGGUAUCUUUGUUAAAGAACAGAGUUAAUAUUGCUAGUGGUACGCCAAGCAGGAUUAAAAAGUUGAUUGACAUAGAGGCACUGGGGCUUUCUCGUUUAGCUGUUAUUGUACUCGACAUUUACACAGAUGUUAAGGGAUAUUCAUUGCUUACACUUCCACAAGUCAGGGGUGAGUUCUGGGACUUGUAUAAGAACUACUUCCACCAGCGGUUACUGCAAGGUGAUCUGCGGAUCUGUUUUUAUGGUCCAAUACCAAAUGGUAAUGAUUUUGAGGGAAAAAGAAAGGGAGCUGCGGAUGAAUAGGGAAUAGUCAUCUUGGCACAACUUGUAAGCUGUUUUGUGAACAGUCAAUCAAUUUUGAAAAAAAAAAAAGUCUACAAAGUUUUCGUUCAAGUCAACUUGCUUUCUCAAUUGUCAAUUUGCCUGAUAUUGUGGGUUCAUGUUUCUUUUCUUUUUUUAAAAUUAUCUUGGUAAGGUGGGUGUGCAUGGAGGUGUAUUGGUUCAAUUACAAUACUGAUUAAACUUAAAAGUUUUGAGCCCUAGACUUAGAUCAGUUAAAAGUUUAUGAGAGGGGAAAAUUUUUAUUCCAAUGAGGUAAAUGUUCAGAAUUGGUGCAGAAUAAUACACAGAUUUAAUAAAUAUGUACUCUGUUU